CUGAAAACCCCACUGCUGUUGCUGAGGCUGAGGGAACAAACACUGUUGGUGAAAAAGCCCUGUUGCAGAUUUUGCUAAGCAGACUGAAUGCAUAUCGAAAUACUUUGAAAGGCGGGGGAAUAUCCCCACGUUUGUGUUUAGGAUGAGCAUGGAAGAUUAUGACUACCUGUUCAAAAUUGUACUAAUAGGAAAUGCUGGUGUUGGGAAAACCUGCCUAGUCAGACGCUUCACUCAGGGCCUUUUCCCCCCUGGACAAGGGGCUACCAUAGGAGUUGACUUCAUGAUCAAGACUGUGGAGAUCAAAGGGGAAAAAGUAAAGCUGCAGAUCUGGGACACAGCAGGCCAGGAGCGUUUCCGUUCCAUCACCCAGAGUUACUACCGGAGUGCCAACGCACUCAUCCUCACCUAUGACAUCACGUGUGAGGACUCCUUCCGGUGCCUUCCAGAAUGGCUGAGGGAGAUUGAGCAGUAUGCCAACACCACCGUGGUCACUAUUUUAGUCGGCAAUAAGAUCGACCUAGCGGAGAAGAGGGAAGUCUUGAGGCAGAGAGCUGAAGAGUUUGCGAACUCCCAGAGCAUGCUUUAUCUGGAGACCUCCGCGAAGGAGUCUGAUAACGUGGAGAAGCUCUUUCUGGAUCUGGCCUGUGAGCUGAUCCGCGACGCCAAACAGAACACGCUGGACAACAAUGACACGGCCAACGCUAUGCCAGGAGAGGGGAAAACCAUCAGCUACCUGGGUUGCUGCAGCACUAACUAGGUCCGAUUCUAGAGUGCUGGGUCGUGUUCAUUCCUGUUCAUAAGGGCACAACACCAACGAGGGGGGGGGGGGGGGUUCUUAUCGGACAGAUUUAGCUCAGUACCUUCCGCCUACCCUCUGUUUUUCGGGACGUUUUCCUUCCCAAGUUGAAGGCCAAUUGAACACCACCCUGAACUGUACUCUGGCCAUGUAGCUGUGCUGUGUGCACUACGACGUAGACCUAACGCAGUGGAAUGGAGAUGACCGGAUGCCUCGGUCUGUUUUGUCCCAGACUUGUCAGUCACUCUUUUGAGAGUCCCUCCCAUGGCCUUUUAAAAAAAAAUUGUUACCUUCAACAGUAUGAUCUGUCCAAUCACCUUGUUGUUUUAUCCCUCUGUGGGAAUAGAAAUGUUGAGAGGAUGCGAUACAAGUUGCUGCCACUAGAUGGCAGUACAUAACCUUAUAUCCCUGGUGCAACGGGAUUGAACAGACUGCACUAUAGGUCUUGUUGCAAGCUGAUGUAAUAUAUUGGGAUUUUUUACGUUUUGUUUUUCCCCCCAAAGAGUAAUCUGUGGAAGGUUAAAUGUAUUCAUACACCAUUCAUUCAACGGGGGGAAGGGUUGUGCCUCCUGUCCUGUGAGUUGGUGGGUAGAUUAAAAACACAAAAAUCCAGGAGGAGCUACCACCAGCACCUGAUUUUCAAAAGAACCACAAUUAUUUCCUCACAAACAGGACAUGUACAGCCCAAUACAAGUUCUUUAAUUUGUCAACUACAAAUGAUCUGAAUAAGAGUGAAUAGAUAAAUGUGUGUGAAUGGGAAUCCACCCAACCACUUAUAUAUAUAUAUAUAUAAAAAAUACAAUUCAAACACUUAUGCAUUUAAAAUAUUGACGCAUGCUACAUUAAAUUGUUUGUUAGUUAGCUUAUUGUAGCCUACCUAUACAAUGCACAACAUUGAUAUAUAGAAUUUCUAUACCUUUUCGAUUUAGGCUUCCUCAGUUGACCUAUUGGUUAUUGAGUAAUUGAUUGGUUUUAUUUUUUUUUUUUACAGUAUUGGAAGAAAUGAAAAGACCCAAUUUACCAGAAGUGAUCAAUAAGGGUUUUGUGUAUAUUCCUCAUCAGUACACUAUAUGUCCGAGAGCUCAUAGUAAAAGUUAAAAUUCCUUCAAGUAGCAAACACCCAGUGUGGGUUUAACUAAUUUCAAACCUUAUCAUUAUUAUAAAAUUGAUUGCACAAGUCA